AUGGGGUCCUCUUUCUCCCCCACAACUUUCUCAACCACCACUACUACUACUUCUACUCCCUCUCCCCUCUCCUCCUCCUAUCACACAUCCUCCCCCAGCGCCUACUUCACUUCCCUCGCCCGGAAGCGUCAACAAAAGAAAAUGAGUAUCACUCAAACAUACUACCUCGCCCACGCCGCCCGCAAGAAGCUCACCCGUGAAGCUUCUCGGGCGGACCAUGACUUGCGCCUCUUGGUUGGUCAUGCCAACCUCCUCGAUACCUUGAUGCUUGAACUUGCCGAUGCCGAACAAGAACAAGAACGCUGGUUCAACCAGACCGUCCACGGCGUGACCAAGGGCUCCCCAUCUGAAUCCCGCCACAUCCAAUGGGCCGAAAGCGUCGUGGAGGAUCCCGAAGAGGACUGGGAUCCAGAGGAUGCUUCCGACUCCGACCUGAGUGAUGAUUCUGACUUGGAGGAAGACGAGUAUGAGCCUGCCUACACACCUGUUCGCCGGCGCGCCCCAUCGCCGGUGGCCAUUGUUCGGGAGAAAGAAAUCGAGGAGGACUACGACUCCGACUCCGACUCGGACUUUGAAUACGAUGACGCGGAGGACUUGGAGGAGCUUACCUUGACUCGGUCUCCAUCACGACAGAUUCCGCCCGAGCUGUCGUCCGAUUCCGAUGAGGAGUCGGAGGAGGAAUCGAUGCCUCCCUCCCCCCCGCAACCCACGCUGGACACCUUCUCUGAGAAGGAAGCUGAAGCUACCGAACUUCCACUGUCGGGAAAUGGAUUUGAAGAUGGGUACUACAUCUCGAGCAAUUCGCGGAAUACAAUUAUUGAGGCCUACUAA